GGCGUGACAUACUGCGGUGAAAGCUCAGCCAGCAACCUCACCAUGGCCAAUGUUCCCUGGCACGAGGAGGUGGUGCGAUUCGUCCAGGAGCUAGCCGAGCUCGUCCCCGACUAUGAAAUCGCGUGUGAGCACGAACACUCGAACUGUCUCCUGGUGGCUCACAAGAAGUUCAAGAUUGAUGGCGAGUGGCACACCUGGAUAGACUAUGACCGCUUCCAGGAGCUGGUGCGAGAGCACGAGAGGAGCGGUGGGUCCAAGACUUUCACAGCAGCUGACUACACAGCCAGAACUCCUCGCUGGGCGCUGUUUGGGUCCAGAGAAAGGGGAUUUGAUCCCUCAGACGUGAGAUACCAGCGAAAGAGCAAAGUGAGAGAUAUCUCUGGGUGCUGA